GACCGGGAUCCCCGCCGGGAUUGGGGCUCCCAAACUAGCCCUUAUCCGUUUCGGCUCCCGCGCAGAGCACAGGACACCGGCCAUGGCGGCGUCCGUGUCCAAGCUGCUCGCCCCGCCUCGCUCGCGGCACGCCGCCACCUCCCGGCGCUUCCUCCCUCCCCGCACAUCGUCCGCGCGGAGCCCGGCCGGCCGUCGAGUCGCGGCGCCGCCGUCCAGCCUAGUGCCAGCAAGGCGCGUCACCGCGAGCUGCGCCUCCGCAGACCGCGCCGGCUCGACGGGCACGGACCUCGCCGCCGCCACCGAGGAGGAGGAGCUCGACGACGGCCUGCCAUUCGUCCAGCUGUCCUCGGACAUCCUCCGGACAGAGCUGAGCCUGCUCAAGGACGGCGCGCCCGCCGCCGGCUCGUCUCUCCUCGCCGCCCUUCCGAGGAGGGACGCCGACGGCGAUCGCCUCUUGGGCGAAACCGCGGCUUACCCGGCCGCCAUGACAGCGCUGUACGCCGCCUGCCUCGCCGGGAACGCGACGGAGCAGCUCUGGAACUUCACCUGGCCCGCCGCCAUGGCCGCGCUCCACCCGAGCCUCCUCCCCGUCGCCGUCCUAGGCUUCUUCACCAAGCUCGUGGUGUUCGCGGCCGGUCCGCUGGUCGGGGAGCUCAUCAGCUCGCUCCCUCGCAUCCCCGCGUACAGAUAUCUGACCGUGAUCCAGGCCGCAGCGCACUGGGUGUCGGCCGCGAUGAUCGCGUACGCGUUCACGCUCCCCCGGGCUUCCACGGCGCCGGCGCUGCUCCUGCAGCCGUGGUUCGCGGCGCUGGUGGCGUCCACCGCCGUCGACCGGCUCUCCUGCGUCUCCCUCGGCGUCAUCGCCGAGCGCGACUUCGUCGUCCAGCUAGCAGGGGAAGGCAGGCCGGUCGCGCUGGCGCGGGCGAACGCGACGCUCAGCAGGGUCGAGCUCCUCUGCGAGGUGCGCACCGGCGAUCACUGCAAGCUCUUGCGAUCCCGUUCUGUUACUAUGCCCUGUAAUCUGCGCGUGCUGUCUUGUGUGCAGACGGCAGGGGCGUCAAUCUUCGCCGUCCUGCUCUCCAGGAACGACCCGCUGACCUGCAUCAGGCUCUCCUGCGCCGUCUCGCUCUGCGCUCUCCCCCUUCUGUUAUUUCUAGGUGGUGCGAUGAAUCGACUAGCUGACGGCAUCUUCGACCACUCUGCUGGUCUGGGUUCGCUCCAGCGCUCUGAACAUGGGAGCACGCACACAACUUCUGCUUUCAGCAUCAGGAAAAAAGCUGAAGAGGCCUGGGCGACCAUCAAGCACGGCUGGACGGAGUACCUCCGGCAGCCCGUCCUUCCGGCGAGCCUCGCCUACGUGCUCGUCUGCUUCAACGUCGCGCUCGCCCCCGGCGCUCUCAUGACCACGUUCCUCAUCCACCACGGCGUGAGCGCGUCGGUGCUCGGCGUGUUCGGCGGGUCGUCGGCGCUGAUGGGGAUCCUCGCGACGUUCGUGGUUCCGAAGCUCGUCAAGGAGCUGGGCAUCCUCAAGGCCGGAGCUGCUGGGCUGGUCGCUCAGAGUGCGCUCCUCGGCGCGGCGGUCCUGGUCUUCCUCACCGGCCCCGUCUCACGGCAAGGCGGCCUCUUCGUCUUCCUUGGCUUGAUCGUGGCGUCGCGGCUGGGGCACAUGGCGUACAGCGUGGUCAGCCUGCAGGUGGUGCAGACGGGGAACCCGGUGGGAAAGGCUAAGCUCAUCGGCGCGACGGAGAUCGCAGUGGCCAGCCUCGCCGAGCUCGCCAUGAUGGCCGUGGCGAUGGUCACCAAGGACGCUGCACACUUCGGCUGGCUGGCCGCGCUAUCGGCGGCAUCGGUGACCGUGGCCGCGAGCCUGUUCUGCGCGUGGCUGGCCAACCCCACCGACGAGCUCAAGCGACUCUUCCCAUGUUGAUACAAGAGAAACAUUCUGUUAACUACUUGUGUAGCUCCAAGCGUGUUAAAUGUCUAUAUACUGCCUAGCUCCACAAUUUUGUUGCCAUCAGAAAGAAAAGCUCCAAAAUUAGAAUUCUAGAUACAUUAUAAAUACUAGUCUAUCAACCUGUGCUUCCACACAGGCUAGUUAGAGAUAUCUAAUAAUUAUCUAUCUCACGCUCUUUUAACUAAUUAAAUAUUCUAAUCUAGUACUAUAAA